AUGGAUAUCGAGGGUCUGAAGCAGAUGUUUAGGGUCUGGGGUCUGUUUGAAGAGCAAAUAGAGGCAAUUCUGAUGGCGCAGCGAACCGAAACUGACGUACUGACAGCAUGCUAUGCUGUCUGUCACUCGAUUUUUACCACCACAUCUCAAGACCUUUUGGCGCAGCCAUUCGAAAAGACUGUACUAAAGAAUUCUGCCUUGUUGUCCACAGUGGGGACUAGUAUGCGGCUCUUCACAAUCGCAUCAAAGGACAUGUAUGGCUUCACCACUAAAGCCAUGCCUCAGAGCCUUAUUUCUAGAUUGUCUCCAGAGAAGUACCUCCCAUGCGAACUAGGCACAGGCACUAGUACGAUCUCCUCCCAUCCCCUUUCCGUUGAUGACCUUUCCAUCUUUUCAAUCGUGGACGGAAAAGUAUCAGCGCUUGACCUAUCGCAUGGAAACCGUGUUUCCCUCUCAUUUGAAUUUGCUUGCCUUGGAGAGAUAUAUGCAGACGUAGAGCAUAUUGAUUUUAGUUUUAAUCCCCGUCUUACGGCAGAGAAGAUCUCACAGUUUUUAUCCAUACAUGUAUUUAAGCGUCUUAAAUCCGUGAGAAUGAUAGGAACAGAUCAUAACUUUCGAUCUAACGAAGAAGCUCUGGACACAAUGCGUCAUUGGGACGGUUGUUCAAGACUUGAACAAGUUAUCAUAUUCGAUCCUGUUUUGGGAAGAAAGUAUCUCACGCUAACUUUUUCAGACUUGAAAGAUACCAUUAAAGGAUGUGUAGAGAAAGAGACAGAGCCGCUUGUUGUGGACACUGUUGUGUUUUUGGCCUCAGAUAUCUCUGCUUUUGAAUUGCUAUGUUUGGAAACGCCUCAGUUUCUUGCCAAUCUUAAACACAUAUAUAUUGAGCUCCCUGAGGAUUAUGCAUUUGAGAGACUAUUUCACAUCAAGCCUCAGAUAAAGACAAUAAAUGGAGUUCCCAUCUUUAAUCACAUUGUUUCAGAAUUAGCGCUGACGACUCACGAUUCUGCAAUAAGGGCCCAGAUGAUACAGUUGGUAAUUGACAAGUUCUAUGAGACUUGUAGGCCCAUUGCUGUAGAUUAUGAAGGGGACUGUUAUAGCAAGUCAGGUAGCUAUAUUUUUGACCCUAACAAAGAUUACUUUGCAUGCUCACUGUUUCCAAGUCCCCUCACCAACCCCAAGCUGGACUACCACACCUCCGAAGAUUUCUUACAUGCACCACUUAAUUCCUCUGCAUUAAUCACCCUCUCUCAAUCCUCAAACAUUGCCUUCAUUUGGGGUAGGCAGCAGCCAUUAGAGACGUCUCCUAGAUAUCGCAUCACACUUCUUCAAUCAAACACUGUGGACAGCAGCGACAACAAUUUGGUGCUUGCGCUUAAAUCUGGCUUUCCACUCUGCAGAACAACUUCGUGCCCCAGUGAAACUUUGAAAUUGUCUGUGCAUGCAGAUGCAGAUGCAACCAACUGGAGCAUCCUUCCUGCUUUCCGUGUCGCCCUCCUCUCUUCCAUUAUUGCUAAUCUUCCAUACACUCCAUAUGUCUUCGAGUCCACCUGCACGGGAAUAGCCAUGUGCGCUUAUUGGAUAAAUAACAUGCGCAAGAGAUUUGAGAAUAGCACAUUUGUAGGAUAUCUUCCAUCUAUCAACAGCGUAGUUUAUGGUGUGCCGCCUAUUCUUUGUUACCUCUUGAUGCGCUCUGUCAAGGACGUCAUCUUAUUAGUUCUCCCUACUACCACCACUACAGGACAUGAAGUGUAUCUCUACGAUUGCGUCACAGAGGUCCAUAUUGUCGAUGAGGUCGUUACCGGAUUUAGUAUUAAAGAUCUGCGAAGGAGAAGCUUCCAGUACCAUAAUGUAGUAGUCAACCCCUCCACAGCAUUGCCUACUAGUGCAGAUAAUCCCCCGUUUAACCUAAUGACCGUUAUUGAGCAGUCUUUAGAGCUUAUCGAUCUAAGAGGAUUUGCCGAGAAGAAGAGCAUCCUUAAGAUCAAGACAUAUAUAGUUCCCACACUUGAUCGAGACAGUAACUGUAGCUACUACAGCGUACUCUCUGACAUUUUGUAG